AUGGAUCCGCAUGUCCUAGCACGAGCUUUCGAGAAGCACGCUCGUCGCUCACCAUCUAGUGGCACUUCCACUCCUGAUCACAUCACCCCAUUUCCCAUCCGUCUCAUACACGAGAAAGCUCCACGAAGAGUUCGUUCUGUCUCAUCGCUCAUCAAGAAACCUCAGAACGAUGGCUUUUAUCGUUUCUGGGAUCGCUUCCUUGCAGCCUCUCCCAGUCGCUCUCUAAACACGUCUGCGCUCGGUCGUCGUCUCGAGCAGACACUCCAAGAUGCCAGUGGCGAGGAAAAUGGUCUGCACACCCAGGAAAGUCCUGCCGCAUCUUAUGAACAGGCAAAGAAAGAGUGUCAGGACAAGGUCGCGGCUAUCGUAGUCGAAUGCACGCAUCUGAACCAGCGAUACCGAGACAGGCAAUUUGAGGUCGAGCUUGCUCAAGGGGACUGUAUCUUCCCCUUGGUGGAUGAUGAGGGCAACUCUCACUCGAUACAGCCGUCUGGGGUCAAACGAGUAAAGGACAUAUUCGAGAAGCCCACUUUCAACGCAGAAGGGGCUUGUGGCGACGAUGUCAUGCAAGGCUCGCUCGGCAAUUGCUGGUUUAUUGCAGCUCUCGUGUCUGUCGCCGCAAAACCAGGACUCAUGCAACGACUCUGCGUAGCCCGUAACGAGGCUGUUGGAGUAUAUGGCUUUGUCUUCUUCCGCGACGGGACCUGGAUACCAGAGAUUGUCGACGAUCGCCUCUUCAUACACGUCUCUGAUGGCGAUGACUUGUUCGUUGGCAAGUACGUAGAUGAGAGGCAGACGAGAAGUACCUUCAACAACAGCAACGACAUCACCAAGCUGAAAGAAAGCCUGCAGAAAGGUGGCGAGGCCCUGUAUUUUUCGCGCUGUCGUGAUAGUCAGGAUACUUGGUUACCGUUGAUAGAAAAGGCGUAUGCGAAGGCUCAUGGCGACUAUGGUUCGUUGCAUGGUGGCUGGGUUGGCGAAGGCACAGAAGACCUUACCGGCGGCGUGUCAACAAGUCUUGCCCCAUCAGACAUCCUAGACAAAUCUUUAUUGUGGAAGCAACUGAUGCAGGUCAAUGUUACAAAUCCUUGGGGCAACAACAAGAAUCCGGACAACUUUGAUGGACCUUUCAACCACAAAUUCGAGGAGUGGAAUGCUGAGCUUGUUGAUCAGCUCAAGUUCGACUUCAAAGAUCCUGGUGUGUUUUGGGUGACUCUAGACAACUUCCUCCGAUACUUCGACUCCAUACAGCGGACUCGAUUGUUUGACGAGACAUGGCUGUUGACCCAACAAUGGACUUCUGUCAGCAUACCUGCAGGAGCAGUCACCUAUCUGAAUACCAGCUUCCAAAUCACACUAUCUCAUCCAGGACCUGUUGUCAUCGUCCUUGCUCAACCAGAUGUCAGCUACUUCCAAGGUUUGCAGGGUCGAUACACAUACUCCUUGCACUUCCGUGUCUACGGUGUCAAGGACACAACCAAGUAUCUGGCACGCAGCAUGCAUGUUUCCUGUGGCAACUACACCAACUCCCGUUCCGUCAGUGUAGACCUCGACCUCAAAGCCGGCGGCUACAACGUCCUCGUCAAAAUCGAGCCAACACGAACUCACUGCCGAACAGCAGAAUCAGUCAUCGAAUCCGAAGCGCCCUACCGGAGGCAAAAACUGCUCCAAACCGGUCGCAACUUCGAACUCGCACACGCAAAAGGCAAGCUCCGAGAGAAGGAGGUGGAAGUGCGGAAACAGAAAAAGGAACAGGCGAGAACAGAGACCCGUGAACGGCAAGCCAAGAUGAGGAAGCGGAGACACGAAGCCAAGGCCCGAGACAGGAAGCGCAAAGAUAGAAUCGCGCAAGAGAAGAGGGCCAGAGAAAGGAGUGAUCUUCUCAGACGGGCAGGCUAUAUGCCUGUUCCUCCCCCGCUUCCUCCUUCCUCCCCUCUAAAUGGUCUCCCACCUCCUCCUCCUCCUCUUCUUGAGAAUUCGCCAGCAUCUGUGAAACCUGUCAGAAUUAGCUCACCACCCUUCAAAAUCACUGGGUGUAUAGACAUUCUCGAUAUAGACCCCAAUGCUGAGCUUGACGAUGACGACUUUGAAUGGGAUAGCGAGAUAGAUGGCGAAGUGUAUUCGUCAUCGAGCGAGGAUGAGAAGGACUGGUAUGCUGAGGAUCCAUGGAACGCGCUUCUUGUGCUUGGUUUGAGAGUAUAUUCGCAACAAAGUGCUGUCACGAUCAAAACCAGAGACGAUGAUGAAUUGGAUAAUGAUGAAGCCACGCCGUCUGCGAGCACCGCAGGGACUGACAAUUCAACGGGAACCAAAAGCUCACAAGCAGACGAACAAGCACAAAAAGUCAAAGGAGGCGCAUGCUUCGGCUCAGUCGAGUGGUUCAAUUCUUCCUGCCGUGACCGAGGAUACCGCAAAUAA